AUGGCAGAAGCAGGUAAAAAAGAACAAAAGAUACCAUCAGACAAGGCAGGAAAGAAAGACCCCAACUACAGAGUGUUAACUAAAGAGGAAUAUGACGUUUUAGUAAAUGCUAGUUUAAAGCAAAGCAACACUAGUACCCCCUUGGGUAAACCAAAUAUGUCACCAAUGGCAAGACUCUUAAAUAGUAAACCAUUAAAUUUUGACUUCCCCAAAACACCAGAUGUCCCUUCUACCCCUACAUGUACAAUCAGCACCCAAUACAACUUUCCAAAAUUACCAACAUUUAGUGGUGCUGAUGAUCCUAAACAAGGUGAGGUCAAAUAUGAAGUAUGGAAUUUUGAGGUCAAGUGUAUUCAAAAUUCAGGCCAGUACCCUGAGCACAUUUUGCUCCAGUCUGUAAGAAAUUCAUUAAAAGGGCUUGCCCGAUCAAUGUUAGUUUCUAUUGGAGAAAAUGCUUCUCUAAAAGAUAUUCUAACCAAACUUGAUGGAUUUUUUGGAAAUGUUGCUUCAGGGGAAACUCUUAUGCAAUCUUUUUAUAAUGAUAUGCAAAAAGAGGGAGAAUCACUUGUAGUGUAUGCUUCUAGAUUAGAGGAUACUUUAUCCAAAGCUAUAAAAGUUGGCUAUAUAGAUGCCGUUGCAAAAGAUGCUAUGCUUAGAAGUAAAUUUUGGACUGGUUUGUACAAUGCUGAGAUAGCAGAAACAACAGACUUACAAAAGGAACUUCAGAAAUUGACAUCAACAAUGCAAAGAUUAGAGAGCAAAAUUGACAGUAACUCUCAAAGUUUUCAGCAAUUAAGCAAUAAAGUUAAUCAGUUGGAAAGAAAUGUCAAACCAACAAAGUCCAAAUUUUAUUGGGUCAGGUAG